CGACUUUGGCCAUUUCACCCCCUUCUCCGCUGCGCCGCCGGCGCCGGCCCUUUAGUUUUCUCUGUUACUCAAUUUCUGAUUCACCGAUUAUAAUCUGAGCUUUGCUAAUGUUCAAUUGAUUGUUUUCCUCCAACACAUUCUCAUGGCUACUAAUUACAACUUCAAUUCCUGCUUCUAUCGCCCAAUUUCUAUCGCUUCCCGCCCAAAACGCCUUAAAUCGAGAAACCUAAUUCCAAUUUUAUGCAGCUCGGGAGCCAGCACAGAAAAUGCAGAGGAGGAAUCGAAGAAAUCGAAGAGAGCUCCAAUGGAAUUAGUCAAAUUCGCGGUUACAAUGACUGUGAUAUCAGCCGCAAUUCCGCAAUCCGUUUCCGCCGCGCCGAAGAUCUCGGAGAAGAAGCGAUUGGGGAAAAAAAACGAGUCUUUGUCCCCAGAGGAGCUGCUGAAAUGGACUAAGGGGCUUCCCGUGGUAUCGCAGAGGCUUCCCUACAGCGAAGUCUUGGAUUUGAAGAGAGAAAACAAAGUUAAGCACAUUAUUAAGCCGCCGAGCGCGGCUCUGCGGCAGCGGCCGGAGGUGAUUUUGGUGGUUAUGGAGGAUAAUAAGGUGGUUAGGGUUGUCUUGCCUUCAAUUGAGAGUGAUUCUAAAUUCUGGAAAGAGUGGGAUGAGUUAAAGAUUGAUGGUAUCUGUAUGAAUGCGUAUAGUCCCUCUUUGAAGAGGCCUGAUAUCCCAGAGCCUUAUCUUGGGUUCUUGUCGAAAAUUCCGGUGUGGUUGUUUUCAUUGGUGAAGCAGAAGCCUCAGUCGAAGAAGGCGUUGGAGCUGAAGAACUUGAGGGAGGAUUUGAAGAGGAGGAGAAAUGAGGAGCUGGUGAAGAUGAGGGAAGACAGGGAGAUGAUGGAGAAGGCAAUGAAGAUGCAGAAGAAGAUGGAGGAGAGGGAAAAGAGAAGGGAGAUGAAGAAAGUGAAGUACGAGGCGUCUCUGCGCCAGGCGCGGGAGAGCUCGGAGUAUAUGGCUAAUAUAUGGGAUAGAUUAGCUAGUGAUCCGAAUGUGUCAACAGCUCUUGGGUUUGUUUUCUUCUAUAUAUUUUACAGAGUUGUUGUUCUUAACUAUAAGAAGCAGAAGAAAGACUAUGAUGAUAGGCUGAAGAUAGAGAGGGCGGAGGCGGAGGAGAAGAAGAAGAUUAGGGAGUUGGAAAGGGAAAUGGCGGGGAUGGAGGAAGAAGAUGAUGAUGAGGAAGGAGGAGCUAAAGGGGAGGACAACCCUUAUUCGCAAAUGGCGAAGGAGUUCAUGAAGUCUGGUGCUCGAGUUAGGCGGGCAAAGAAUAGGAGGCUUCCACAGUAUUUGGAGAGAGGUGUGGAUGUGAAGUUUACGGAUGUUGCAGGGCUUGGUAAAAUCCGUCUUGAGCUCGAAGAGAUUGUGAAGUUCUUUACACAUGGGGACAUGUAUCGCAGGCGUGGUGUCAAAAUACCAGGUGGUAUACUUCUUUGUGGCCCUCCUGGAGUGGGGAAGACAUUAUUAGCAAAAGCUGUUGCUGGUGAGGCAGGUGUAAACUUCUUCUCCAUAUCUGCAUCUCAGUUUGUCGAAAUAUAUGUGGGAGUUGGUGCUUCUCGUGUACGAGCGCUCUAUCAAGAAGCAAGGGACAAUGCUCCAUCUGUUGUUUUCAUCGAUGAACUGGAUGCUGUUGGAAGGGCACGUGGUUUGAUUAAGGGGUCUGGUGGUCAAGAACGUGAUGCUACUUUAAAUCAGCUUCUUGUAUGCCUGGAUGGGUUCGAAGGCAGAGGAGAAGUCAUUACCAUUGCUUCUACAAACAGGCCAGACAUUUUGGAUGCAGCACUUGUGAGACCAGGGAGGUUCGACCGGAAAAUACACAUACCCAAGCCCGGACUGAUUGGCCGUGUUGAAAUUCUGAAGGUUCAUGCUAGGAAGAAACCAAUGGCCCCUGAUGUGGAUUAUUUGGCUGUUGCGACUAUGACUGAUGGAAUGGUUGGUGCUGAGCUGGCCAACAUUAUCGAGGUUGCUGCUAUCAACAUGAUGCGCGAUGAAAGAACAGAGAUUACUACUGAUGAUUUGUUACAAGCUGCGCAAAUAGAAGAAAGAGGCAUGCUUGACAAAAGAGAGAGAAGCCCCGAGAUCUGGAGGCAAGUAGCUAUAAAUGAAGCUGCAAUGGCCAUAGUUGCUGUCAAUUUCCCGGAUCUCAAAAAUAUCGAGUUUGUGACGAUUUCUCCAAGAGCUGGAAGAGAUUUAGGUUAUGUCCGCCUAAAGAUGGACCAUAUUAAAUUUAAGGAAGGAAUGUUGAGCCGGCAGUCUCUCUUGGAUCACAUCACUGUCCAACUUGCUCCACGUGCAGCAGACGAACUCUGGUAUGGGGAAAAUCAGUUGAGUACCAUCUGGGCGGAGACGGCCGAUAAUGCUCGAUCUGCUGCACGAACCUUAGUGCUUGGUGGUCUUUCCGAGAAGUAUUUUGGCUUGAACAGUUUCUGGACAGAAGAUAGAAUUGAUGAAAUUGAUUCAGAGGCGCUGCGAAUCCUUGACGUCUGUUAUGAACGUGCAAAAACGAUUCUUGGGAGAAACCGUGAGCUUUUGGAUGCCGUUGUGGACAGGCUCGUGGAGAAGAAGAGCUUAACCAAGCAAGAAUUCUUCGACUUAGUUGAGCUUCAUGGAUCUGUACAAACUAUGCCGCCUACCAUACUUGACAUCAGAGCCGCCUCACGGUUACAGCUGCAAAAUAUUCUUUUAGACACCGAAGAAGCAGCAGCUCGUUCGAGCAUUGUUUCAACAUGAUCAUAUAUAAUAUAUAUAUAUAAGGGAAAAAUCAUGUUUCUUCACCCCGGGAACAGAGGUAUGGGCUUAUAUUCUCAACUGGUAACGCACAAUUUUUCUGAUUGAAGGCCGAGCUUCGUCCCUAGAAUGCAAACUGGCAGCUCCGGCCUGAGUUUGUUCUUGAAUCCGGCCAACACUUUAUAUUCUCAAUUGUGUUUUAGGAGUUCCAAUUUUGGUUUGAAUCAGUAUUUUGAUUUGACCAUAUUGUGCUUGGCAGUAGGUAUGAUAAUAUUUGGUUAUGUAA